AUGCUUCUAAUACAUUCGCAGCAGCAGCAGCUGUGGUUGCUCUUGACGACGACAACGGCGUUAGCAGCAGCAGCAGCAACUCUGACCACACAACUGAAGCAGCGCAUGGACUUGGGCGCUGUUUAUGGCCACAACAAUAUGGCCGAGGCCUUGAGAAACAAUCGAUGGCGGCCGCUGGAGUCGUCGUUGCCGCAGCGUUACGCCUUUAGGUAUACGCCCAUGGAUGUGAGACGCAGUCAGAGCGAAGCAGCGGGCGAAGGUAGAGCCGCUGCCUUGCUUAAUGGCCUCACAAAUCUCUCGGGGCUGGGACACAUUAGCAAUGGGUAUGGCGCUGUGGCUCCGGCUUAUGGCGAAGCCUCGUCAAAACAAGAGAUACCAAUUUAUGAGGAGCAGCAUGAGGAUGCCGAAGCAGCGGUUGCUGCGGUGGCAGCAACCAACGGCGAUUACGCCGAUACAGCAGCAGCAGCAAGUCCCAGCGGUUACGGCAGUCAACAGCACUCAAGUGCGAUUUACAGCAGUUACCCAGCUGCACACAGUGGUUGGCAUCCUUCGCUGCCAUCGGCUCAGGCAUACGAGAGUCAAGCGGAGCAGCAACAAUCGGCGCAUUCAAACGCCUACGACAAAAUCUCAGUGGGCAAUUUUCUGCAUCAUUACGAGCAUAAUUCCGGCUACGAUGCCUACCAGUCGCAGCAGCAUGCUGAGCAGCAACAACAAGAGCAGCAGCAGCAGCAACAUCAAGAGCAGCAGCAGCAGCAGGAAGAACUGGAGCACGCCUCUUAUUUUGCACCUUCUGCCGAUGCGGACUCGCACUCGGAUGAUUUCGAACAUGCGCCUGGACAUGAGGAGGGCAACAAUUACUUGCAUGAAGCAGGAGGCGGCGGCGGCGGCGGCGGCGGCGGCGGCCAUGCUCACUCGCAGCAUCAUCAUCAUGUGGACAUCAUCAAUUAUGUGCCCGUUAAGCAUGUCAAGAAGCAACACGUGCCUGUCGAGCAGCCCGUCAAAAUUCCCAUCAGCCAUGCCGUGAUCAUACCCAUCAAAAAGCCCGUGCCCAUUCACAUACCCAUAACGAAGCAGGUGACGGUGCCUGUCGAGAAGGAGCUCAAGGUGCCUGUGGAACGUCUGGUGCCUGUGCCCGUCGAGAAGCACAUACCGGUGCCGGUGGAGAAGCGUGUGCCCUACACUGUCAUCAAGUAUUUGCCCAUCAAGGUGCCCAAGCCGUUUCCCGUCAAAGUGCCCGUGUUCAAGACGGUGCUGCAUAAGGUCAAGAGCUGGUGGUAA